AUGCUGCCUUUCAGAGGAGCUUUCCCCGUUUCAAGGAGCAGUUUCCUUCGCUGGAAAGGAGAUGUUGGCCGUGACAUUCGGAUCCAGCCCGAACCCGAGCACACCCGCACAACCCCCGUCUCCUGCGGGGGCUCCGCGGCCAGGAACGCGGGCCGGGCGGCGGGUCGGGCCAAGCCCCGUCCCUGCUGCCCCCGGGACGCCCCGGCCGCCGCCACUCACGGACCUGCGGAGGCUGGGGCGCUGUGCCGAGCCCCACAACAUCCGCGCUCGGCGGACCCCCGCGGACAGGUGUCGGGGAGAUCCCGUCCCACGGAGACAAACCCUGCCCGCCUCGGGCUGGGUCACGCCGGGUGCCCCCCGCGGACCCCACGGCCCCCCAGCCCCCUGCGAGAGCGUCCUUCUCCCUCCGGCACGCAAGAGCUGAUCCCGCGCGUGGGGCUCCGGCGCGGCGAGGGGGCCGCUGGAGGAGUCCUCGCUCCACUCCGGGUCCAGACGCUUGUUCCUACCAGUUCCCCCGCGCUCCUCACUGAAAAGGAGGAGCUCCUUAUUGAAAACCUCCUCAUCCCCGCGUUUGGGACCACGGGCGAGGGAUGCGGGGGAUCCUGCUCAUGUUUCCCGCGCCGUGAGGAAGUGGGAUACGCGGUCCUUUUUGUGCCGCGCUUCGUUUUCUCGGGACAGCAGUUAGGCAGCUACUUUGAAAUGUUUAUUAAAGACAUGAAACCUCUAGUGAAGGUCUUCCCUCACCCGGUCGUCUUGUCCUUCUUCUCUUUUUCUUUUUUCUUUUCUCUCUCCCAAAAGUAUUAAAGA